CUAUUCCCUCUACUUUUACGUACCAAAAAAUGGACGUGUGGGGCAGUCAGAACGCGGCGCCUGGCGACAAGUUGGGGGGAGAUGAGGAGGACUGGGAGCUCCCUGAGAGCGGGAAGGAUGCGCUGAUUGUGCUGCUAGAUGUUCGCGAGGCCAUGUUCUCCCCGUACCCGCACAUGACAGCAAAGGCUCCAUCGACGUGGUUUCACGCUAUCGUGGAGCUCGUGAUCAAGCUUCUCAAGUCAAAAGUGGUCGCCAGUGAUAAUUCUCUGCUGAGCGUCGUCUUCUUUGGAGCAAACAAGCGCGGCGAAGCAGGCACACUAGAGCAAGUCUACGAAUUUCAACCACUAGGAUUUCCGUCUGCGCAGCGCAUCAAGGACCUUCAAGCACUUUUGGAGACAGACGUCCAAGCGGAAUUUCAGUCCAUGCAAAACUCGGAGAAAUUGUCAUUUAGCAACGCCUUGUGGCAAUGUGGAAUUUCCUUCUCAGAUGCAAACUUGAAAAAGAAGGACUCGCAGCGUAUCUGGGUAUUUACUAAUGAUGACAGCCCGGAGGGUCCAGAUGCAGAAGAGGUUGGGCGGAUUAAAAAGCAAGUUCAGAACCACACCGAAUUGAAGCGCACACUGAACCUGUUCUACAUUACUCCACCUGGAAAAGAAAGCUUUGAUCUGUCAAAGUUCUACGGAUGCAGUUUCCAGGACUUUUCGGCCGAAGAGAAUGAGGAGAUAGUCGGGAACGAAGCUUUUUUUCAACCGGCGUUUCCUGUCGGUUCGCUCGAUGAUCUAAUGGACGGGUCGCUACGCAAGCGAUUUCGCAAGCGUCGGCUUACAACAUUCCCUCUCCAUAUCACGAAAGGAGUGUCAAUUGGUGUGGAAUUAUACGCGCUGGUAGUCGUCCAGCGCAAGAACACCCCGGUGGCCCUCGACGCGAGCACGAAUACUCCGCUCAAAACCGAGACAAAGUGGCUUUGCGAAGACACAGGAGCCUACCUUACUCCGGAUCAGAUCAAAAAGUAUAUUGACUACGGCGGCAAGCGUGUUUAUUUCACUCGAGAUGACGUGGUGGAGAUUAAGCACUACGACGCCCCAGGGCUUCAGAUCAUUUGCUUCAAGCCGUUGAGCUCUCUUAAGUGGAACGAAAACAUUCGUUCACCAUAUUUUGUGUACCCCAGUGAUGGCUACAUCGAAGGAAGCUCUACAGCCUUUAUGGCAAUUCUAAGUUCCAUGGUUCGGAAGCAAAAGUUUGCCUUGGCUAGACUGAUUGCCCGUAAAACAAGUGAACCGCGUCUGGUGGCGUUGGUUCCCCAGGAGGAAGAAAAUGAUGAGAUGGGUCAGGUGCAGCCAUCCGGGUUAAACGUCAUCUUCUUGCCGUAUCUGGAUGAUAUUCGUGACAUUUCUGCUGAGCCUGAGAAAAUUGAUGCGGCAAAGCAAUUAAUCUCGAAGCUGAAGCUGACGGAAGCGCCGAGCUUCGAGAAUCCGGACCUUCAAAAGCACUUUGCUGCGAUUCAAGCACUUGCCCUGGACGAAGAAACACUGGAAUUCGAUGAAACGAAGGACACAACGCUUCCUGAUGCCGAGGGCUUUGGGCAAGACGAAGAUGCGAUUACCAAUUUCAAAGAUGUGUGCGGUGGGGAAUUGCUCGACGUGUCUACUGCCGCGAAGCGCAAGGCAGGCUCGUCGAACAAGCCGGAAGCGGAGGAGACGUUCGACAAGAACGAAUGGGCUGCACUCGUCGCAUCCAACGCGAUCCAGAAGAAGACUGUCGCUCAGUUGAAGGCGUUCCUGCACGCUCACGGUCUCGCAGCUGUCGGGCGGAAGGCCGAGCUGAUCGACGCCGUGAAGAGCUUCAUGGAGUAG